GCAGAAGUGCAGGUAUACUUCUGGCUCAUCUAUGAUCGCCAGGAAACUCCCAGAUCUGACACUGACACCGUGGUGCAUUUCACUGCUGACGAGAAGGCUGCUGCCACUAGCCUGUGAAGCAAGUUUAGGUGAGAAGGCUGGAGGUGAGAUUCUGGGCAGUCUCCUGGUUGUCUACCCAUGGACCCAGAGGUACUUUGAAACUUUUGGCUAUCUGGGCUCUGACUGUGCAAUAAUGGGCAACCUCAAAGUCAAGGCACAUGGAAAGAAGGUGCUGAUCUCCUUCGUAAAAGCUGUUACGCUCAUGGAUGACCUCAAAGGCACCUUUGCUAUGCUGAGUGACCUGUACUGUAACAAGCUGCAUGUGGACCCUGAGAACUUCCUGCUCUUCAGCAACGUGAUAUUGAUUAUUUUGGCAACCCACUUCAGCGAGGAGUUUACCCUACAGAUACAGGCUUCUUGGCAGGAACCCACAAAUGCUGUGGCUAAUGCUGUAGCCCUCAAGGGCCAUUGAGUUCCCUGUCCACUAUGUUUGUACCUAUGUCCCAAAAGCUCAUUUCCUUUAGAUGGGGGACACUGGGGAGAAGAGCAGUAUCCUGCCUACAGAUUCAGUUCCUGCAUGAUAAAAAUAAAAUAAAGGAAUAUGCUCUCUAAGAAA